AUGAAGACUACUGCUGCCCUCCUUGCCCUUGCUGCUUCUGCCAGUGCCUUCGCUCCUCUUCAAUCCACCAAAUCCUCCAGUGUUUUGAGCGAGUUCGCCAACGGAUACGUCGGAGCAGAGGGGCCAGAACCAAUGCCAUUCAGCCCCAAGGGAACCUCUGUUGAAUUCGAUCCAUGUGGCUUUGCUGAGCGUGCCCCCGAAUGGCUUCCAUGGUUCCGUGAGGCUGAAUUGAAGCAUGGACGUGCUGCCAUGUUGGCCACCCUUGGAUUCGUUGUUCCUGAAUUUGUCCGUGUCCCAGGAGAAGCUUACUCUUUCGAGGCCCUCCCCAAGGUCAUUGACGCCCAUGAUGCCCUUCCCCAAUCCAUGAUCCAAAUCUUUGGAUGGAUCUCUUUCUUGGAAGCCUGCACUUUCCCUGCCUUGGCCAACAUGAACGAAUACGACCGUGCCCCAGGUGACUUCGGAUUCGAUCCCAUCGGUCUUUACCCCACUGACCCCGCAAAGCAAAAGGAAUAUCAAUUGAAAGAGUUGAAGAAUGGACGUUUGGCUAUGAUCGCUAUCGGUGGAAUGGUUGCUGGAGCUAGCGUCACUGGACACGGAUUCCCUUACUUUCCUUAA